GUGAGACUGAAAAAUGUUCUCUACUUAUGUUUAAUGCAUGCAUGGUGGAAGGAGCUAAAGAAAGUUGAGAGGAGAUAGAGAAGGCUUCAUUCACCUAACAAGGACUUGAGAAAUAAUGGCAUUCCAAUUUCCAUGGUGGAUUUAAGUUCACGUUACCCUUUGCUCUUCCAUCCCUUCGGCCUCUUCAGUUUCUUCUUUCUUAGACCCUGAGACGCCACUGAGACAAGGAAGUGGAAAAGAUUUCAUCCCCAGUUCUCUACUGCCUCUGCUACUGGUUGACACAGUGAGCCUAAAAUGGCUUCAGGUCUGGUGGAUUUGGUCUUCUCAUGGUCUCUUAGAGAUGUACUCAACGACCAACUCCUCAAAGCUAAGGUGAAGAAGAUCCCAAAGACUUUCUUGUCAGUACAGGAUUACUUCACAUCAUACAUUUCACCCCUCAUUGAGGAAACACACGCUGAACUGUGUUCGAGCAUUAUGAACCUGUCCCGAGCAACACCUAAAUGUCAAAUAGUUAAUGUUGAAGAACAUAAACUAGAUUAUAAGCCACCACGAGAUUUGUUUUAUAACAUUGAAGUCUUAAAAGAGAGCGAUCGUAAGCAUGAAAAAGAUUUCUAUGAGCCUCAAGUAGGAGAUCUCAUUGCUUUGUCAGAUGUAAGACCUGUACGCAUUGACGAUUUAAACAGGCCUAGAAGAUCAUAUCUUCUUGCUUUAGUCACAGCAGGAAAAUUUGCGGACGAAGAGGAAGAGGAAGAGGAAGAUGAAGACUACUGUUUCAUCAAAGUCCUUUCAUCAAAACCCAUUGUGUUCGAACGAAGAGAACUACUGCAGAAGAAGAGGGAACCUCUUUUUGCUGUUUAUCUGAUUAACAUGACUACAUAUAUCCGUAUAUGGAAAGCACUGCACCCAGAUAUGGAGGGGGGAAACUUGGACCUUAUCAAAGAGGUCUUGUGCACUGAUUCCACUGUCAGGGUUGAUUGUGAUCUCUGCUUACUGUCACAAGAUGACAGUAUCAGUGGAAAUUCUCUUCUCCCAGAUCUUCAAACCUUCAAGCUCAAUGAAUCACAGACCGAUGCAGUGGUAAGAUCCAUUGCUACAAGGAGUUGCAAUCAUAAGACUUCAGUGAAGCUUAUUUGGGGCCCUCCAGGUACUGGGAAGACAAAGACAGUUGGCACUUUGCUCUGGGUACUUCUAAAAAUGAAAUGCAGAACCCUCACAUGUACGCCGACUAAUAUCGCCUUACUGGAGGUCACAUCACGCCUCCUGAAGUUGGUUAGGGAGUCGCUUCAGCAUCACAAAUAUGGCUUGGGAGAUAUAGUGUUAUAUGGUAAUGCGACAAGACUGACGAUUAAGGAUCGCCAAGAUCUUCAUGAUGUUUUUUUGGUUUAUCGUGCCCGUGAACUUGCAAAGUGCUUUGCCCCACUCUCAGGGUGGAACCAUCAACUAAACUCCAUGAUACGCUUGCUUGAAGAUGCUAGUACAGAGUAUCAUUCUUAUUUGGAGGCGAAAAAGAACGAAAAGCAGGAUGCUUCUCAAAAUGAGAAAAAAGAAGACAAAAACAAAAAAGGGAAAGAGGUGGAUAUUUCUAAGAAGUCAAAGGGAAAAAACGAGGAAAUAAGGAAGAAAAAUAUUAUUAAGGACUUAAAAGAAAGAAAUAAAAAAAUAUUGCAAGAUAAGAUUCUUGCUCAAGACAGUAAACAAUUGAAUUGCCUGAAACCAGAGGAUCUUUCAAAAACAAAGAAAACUGAAGGACAGGAGGAUGAAAAAAAAGAUGUUUUGACAAUUGAGGAGUUCAUCAAGGAAAGAUUCACUGAUAUUUGGACAGAACUCAAAUUAUUUGUUUUUAUUUUGUGUAAACACUUACCUACAUCCUUCAUUUCGGUGAACAUAGUAGAAGACAUGAUUAAAGCUCUCCAUUUGCUUGAAUCUCUUGGAACUCUGUUACAUAGAUCGCUUACUGAUGAAGAGCUGAAGCGUGUCUUUGUUGAUUCUGGAGAUUUAAAGACCAAAGUUGGUGGCAAAAAUACAAUCAUACUACUUAUGAGAAGAAAUCAGUGUCUUCAGAUUCUCAAAUCAGUUCAUGAAGAAUUUUCUAUUCCUGAGUUUAUGGAUGAACAUUCAGUCAGCAAUUUCUGUUUGCAACAUGCUUACCUGAUUUUCUGCACAGCUACACGCUCAGCUAAGUUGCACACAGAUGGGACCGAACCAUUGGAGCUUUUGGUUAUUGAUGAAGCAGCACAGCUUAAAGAAUGUGAAUCGGCCAUUCCCCUCCAACUCCCUGGUGUCCGGCAUGCCAUUCUCAUAGGUGACGAACAGCAACUGCCAGCAAUGGUUCAAAGCAAGAUUUCAGAGGAGGCUAAUUUGGGAAGAAGUCUGUUUGAAAGGUUGGUAUCAUUGGGACACAAGAAGCACCUUCUCAAUAUACAGUAUAGAAUGCACCCAGCAAUAAGCUUAUUCCCAAACAUAGAGUUCUAUGGAAAGCAGAUUUUGGAUGCUCCAAAUGUCAAAGAAAAAAUCCAUGAAAAACACUUCCUUCAAGGUAAUAUGUAUGGGCCCUAUUCCUUUAUAAAUGUUGCUUAUGGAAGGGAGGAAAAUGAUGGGCAUGGAAAGAAAAACAUGGUGGAGGUGGCAGUGGUUUCUGCAAUUGUUAAAAGCCUCUCUGAAGCAUCAUUUGCUUCAAGGCAGGACCUUAGUGUUGGUGUAAUAUCCCCAUACAAGGCACAAGUAUUUGCAAUUAAAGAGAAACUUGGAAACACUUAUAAUACACUGAAAUAUUUCUCUGUGAGUAUUCGAACUGUUGAUGGGUUUCAAGGAGGCGAGGAGGAUGUAAUAAUAAUCUCUACUGUCAGGUCUAAUGGGAGAGGAUUAGUGGGUUUCCUUGCCAAUUUUCAACGUACAAAUGUAGCUUUGACCAGGGCAAGGUACUGCCUCUGGGUAUUGGGGAAUGGUCCAACUUUAAUCAACAGUGGUUCCAUUUGGAGGAAACUAGUCCUUGAUGCAAAGGACCGGGGAUGUUUUUUUAAUGCUGAUAACGAAAAGAGUUUGAAGGAAGCAAUAAUAGCUGGUCUGGUUGAACUUGGUGAAUUCGACAAGUUACUUAACACAGAUUCUCUGCUGUUUGCUGGAGCGAGGUGGAAGGUUCUCUUCAGCAAUGAUUUCUGGAAAUCCAUUGUCAAAAUAAGAAGGGUUGAGACUCAGAAUGAAGUGCUUUCUCUAUUAAUGAAGCUUGCAAGUGGAUGGCGUAAUCCCCAGAAGUGGAAAAAUCUCCACUUAAUGGAUGGCACUUCUUCUGAGCUGCUGAAUGUAUACAAGGUUAAUGAGUGGUUCAAUCUUGUUUGGACUGUUGAUAUUCUCAGAGAAAAUUCCAAGUACAUCCAAGUCUUGAAAGUUUGGGAUAUUUUACCAUUGCAAGAGAUACCAAACCUUGCUAAGCGACUGGAUGUCAUCUUUGGAAAUUAUAAAGUAGACGAAAUGAAACGCUGCAAGUUCAAAUGUUCUGAAGGGAAUUUGGAAGUUCCAAUGAGUUGGGAUACCUCAAGUGCUGCAACGUUGAUGGACCUGCCCAAUCCCAAACCUCUGCAGUAUUUAUCGAGUCAUUUCACUUCACUCCAUCUGGGGAAGGAACCAAAUGCAUCAGCAUCAGCAUCAGCACCAGCACCAGCACCAACAUAUAUAGCUAAAGACGGCAAAACCAAUGAUUUGGCUGAAACUACAAAGAUGAAGUGGAGGAGCCUUCCAGGGUUGCUGAAACGUGGGAUAAGAGUUGGUGGCUCAAAAUGCCUACGUAUUUUAAGGCUACUGCAUACAUCCAGAUUAAAGAAGAAUCUAUGAAAUUAUCUAAAAUUCUUCUAUUGCAGACAUUUGCUAAGACAUCUCUCCUACAUAUUAUUGGAUUUUGCUACUGAGAAGUAUGGAAAGAAAUACCUUUAUACAAAGCCAGGGUUGUAUCUCUGUUCAAUAUAAAUCAAAGCAAUCCCAAACAGCACUCUUCUUUUUCUUCCUUCUAA